AUGACUGUCGACAAUACCACAACCAUCGAACUUUUGACCAGGUGGUCAGAGCUGCUAUUUAAAGCUCGGGCUGUCAAGCUUGACGUGGCAAAUAUAUCCAUUCAAACAAUACACCCCCUAACUCUUCUCGAUGACAUUGGCAGAAUACUGCUCCAACAGGGCGCCUCUCGGGAAAGCCAAGUAUUCGCCCAGAUAUCCGAAAUUGGCUCAACAUCGCCAAAUUAUGGAGGCCUUGGUCUGAGCAAAGAUGUGCAGACCACUGAAGAUGAUGUGAACGAGAUUAGCUUUCUCAUAUCAGCAUGGCUAGAGGCGCUCAACUCGGAUGAUCGAAAGAAAUCUGCGCAAAACAACACCCAAAAGGUGCUCCCAAAGGAUAGACCACCAAUGAACGUUACUGAAAAAAUCUUUGCCAUGCAUGCCAUUGACUCCAAAGGCUUCGUAAGAACUGGUGACACUAUCCGGGUGUCUCUAGAUUGGAUCAUGGCCUCAGAGGCAUCGUGGGCGGGCAUGGAAGGAACAUAUAAUCGAUUGGGAAAUCCUGGCAUAUUUCGCAAUGAUCGCUUCUGGCUUGCUGGUGACCACGUCGUUGAUCCUAGAAUCAAAGAUAUGCCUCCCGUUAAGAAGCUGAUAGAGUCUUCUGAAAGAGCACGUAAAGUAUUCAAAAUGACUGAGUACCAAGGAAUGAAUUACACCAUAAUGCAUACCGAGUUUUUUAGAGAACGUGCCCAGCCUGGCAUGCUCCUUAUUGGCUCUGAUUCCCACACAUGCUCCUCUGGCGCAGUUGGCUGCCUUGCUAUUGGACUCGGAGCCGCUGAUGUCACAAUGGGGCUUAUCACAGGAGAGACAUGGUUCAAGGUGCCUGAAGUUGUCAGGAUUGAGUUUGUUGGACAACCAAGUCGAGGAAUUGGUGGUAAAGACGUCAUUUUAUAUGUCUUGCAGCAACUCAAGCGGAACACAGUCGCCUCAGAUCGCGUUGUCGAGUAUACGGGCCCGGGUCUCAAUUACCUUUCCCCAGAUGCUCGUUUUGCGAUUGCCAACAUGACGACAGAGCUUGGUGGUGUGACGGGAAUUUUUACUCCGGAUCAUAUAACCAAGGCAUUCAUUGACGGAAGAAGAGUGGCACGGCAUAAGAAUGCAUCAUCCUAUUUUCGCGCAGACGAGGGUGCAGUAUAUGCUGAAACUCAUAUCAUCGACCUGGCCAAAGUUGAAUCGUUUGUAGCAAAAUAUCCGAAUCCCGAUGAUGUCGUUCCGGUGACCGACGUUGUGGGCAUGAAGUUGGACGGGUGUUUCAUCGGAGCCUGUACAACAGCAGAAGAAGACAUUAUUCUCGGCGCCUUGGUAUUGGAACAAGGACUAAAGAGCGGGCUGUCUCCGCCAAAGGAUGGCAAAAAGAGAAAAGUAGUCCCUGGCUCUCUACCUAUCCUUGACAAAAUGCGAAAAUCAGGACUUGCACAGAUAUAUGAGGAUGCCGGCUUUGAGAUUGGCGUUCCAGGCUGCAGCUACUGCGUGGGUAUAUCGGCAGACCGCGCGAAAGAGUCCGAAGUUUGGUUGUCGUCUCAGAAUAGGAAUUUUGAGAAUCGUAUGGGUCAAGGCUCCAUCGGAAAUCUCGCUUCGGCAGCUACUGUAGCAGCUUCGUCUUUCCACAUGAUGGUGACAAAUCCACAACACUUCAUUGAUCUAAUUCCACCAGAAAGAUGGGAACUACUCAAUGGUCGCGGAUCCCUGAAGGGAAAACUGUCAGGGAAAGAGCCAGACUGGGUUGAACCAGCAAGCUGUCAUGAUGACUCCAAUGAUUCGGAUGUGACAGAGACACAUAUUACCACUAAACAGGAAACAAAGGGAGAGAAAGUCAUUCACGGAAAGAUCCAAAGACUCGGGGAUUUUGUUGAUACAGAUGCGCUGGCACCGGCCCAGUUCCUCGUAUCAUCUCGAACCAAUGAAGCUAUGGGAGCUCACUGUCUGGAAUAUACGAAUCCAGAGUUCCGAUCGCGUGCCAAAGAAGGCUUUGAUAUUGUGGUGGCAGGUAAGGCAUUUGGUUGUGGCUCUUCAAGGGAGCAGGCCGUAUCAGCACUGCUGGGAUGUGGAAUAAAAUGUGUUAUUGCUGAAUCCUUUGCCUUUAUUUACGGACGCAAUCAACCCAGCCUCGGCCUCUUGGGUUUCACUAUGGACGAUCCGGCCUUCUUCGAGGCAGCAGUAGACGGCGCAGAAGUUAGCAUCGACCUAGAAGCCAAUCAGAUUAAAGUUGGAGGGACUGAGUUUUCUUUUUAUCUGUCUACCAUGGAGAGAGAAUUGGUAGAAGCAGGGGGCAUCACUCCGGCCUUUAAGAAGUUUGGCAAACAGCUCUUUGACAUGAUCUGUGGAAGCACCAAAGACGGUAGGAGAGUUGUGGAAGUUGGUGGCCAGGCAGCUGGUAUGCAAUGGUAG